UCCGAGGCAGGGCGUCGCGCGUAGGCACGGGGCUGCCCCGGCCACCCGCCUGACUGCUUCCUUCCCCGAGAGCCUCGGCAGCGGCCAAGCUCCACUCGGUGUUCGACCCCGCGCGGCUUGCCCGUCAAGGCGGCGCGGAAGCUAAGGGAUCCGGGCAGGCGGCGGCUGCGGGGAGCGCGGCGGACGCCCCUCCUGAGUCAGGCGGGGGUGCCCGUGGAGGAGGAGGAGGGGGGGUGCGAAGCGGUGGCCAUGGCCGGCGGCUGCCCCGCGUCAGUCGAGCCCCGGCGGCCGGGCUGAGUCGGCUGCGGCGCUUCCCUCCCGCCGCCCGCGGCCUCGCUCUUCCCCGCCGCCAGGAGAGGGCUCCCCCCGGGCCUCCGCUUCCCCGACGUCCCGCUCCCUUCCCUCGGCUGCUGGGCGGGGAUGAGGCGGCAGCCCGGCGGAGGCGGUGGUGGUGGCGGCGGCGGUGGCGGCAGCAGCAGCAGCAGCGGCGGAGGAGGCGGCGAAGGGGGAGGCGGCAGCGGCGACGGUAGUGGAGGCAGCGGGGACAACGACGCCGACGACUCCGACUUGGAGGGGCGGCCCCCCGCCUAGCCCCCCCGGCGCGCCCCCCGAGCCCCCCGAGCCCCCGGGCCUGAGGCGGCGGCGGAGGAGGAGGAGGAGGAUGUCGGAGGAGCCCGACGCGGAGAGGAUGAUCAAGGAAACCUCUAUUUUGGAAGACUACCACAUCAACUGGACUCAGAAGCUGGGAGCUGGAAUCAGUGGCCCAGUAAGAGUCUGCAUCAAAAAAUCGUCUCAAGAACGGUUUGCACUGAAAAUCCUUCUGGAUCGCCCCAAAGCGAGAAAUGAGGUCCGGCUUCACAUGAUGUGCGCGGCACACCCCAACAUCGUCCAGAUAAUUGAAGUCUACGCGAACAGUGUACAGUUCCCCCAUGAGUCCAGUCCCAGGUCUCGGCUGCUCAUUGUUAUGGAGAUGAUGGAAGGGGGUGAACUGUUCCACAGAAUCAGCCAACACCGCCACUUCACUGAGAAGCAAGCAAGCGAAGUAACAAAGCAGAUCGCUUUGGCUUUGCAACACUGUCAUUCGUUAAACAUUGCCCAUCGAGACCUUAAACCUGAAAAUCUUCUUUUCAAAGAUAAUUCUUUGGAUGCUCCCGUGAAGCUCUGCGACUUCGGGUUCGCCAAGAUCGACCAAGGUGACUUGAUGACACCACAGUUCACUCCUUAUUACGUAGCACCUCAGGUUCUGGAGGCACAGAGGCGACAUCAGAAAGAGAAGUGUGGUAUUAUCCCUACCUCACCAACCCCAUACACUUACAACAAGAGCUGUGACUUGUGGUCCCUGGGCGUCAUCAUUUACGUGAUGCUGUGUGGCUACCCACCCUUCUACUCGAAGCAUCACAGCCGGACGAUUCCGAAGGACAUGAGGAAAAAAAUCAUGACGGGAAGCUUUGAGUUCCCGGAGGAAGAGUGGAGCCAGAUCUCAGAAAUGGCGAAAGACAUUGUGCGCAAGCUGCUGAAGGUUAAGCCGGAAGAGAGACUGACCACGGAAGGCGUUCUGGAUCACCCUUGGCUCAACUCGACCGAGGCUCUCGACAACAUACUGCCUUCUGCCCAGCUGAUGAUGGACAAGGCCAUGGUUGCCGGGAUCCAGCAGGCCCACGCAGAGCAACUGGCUAACAUGAGGAUACAGGAUCUCAAAGUGAGCCUCAAGCCGCUGCACUCGGUCAACAACCCGAUUCUGCGCAAAAGGAAACUUCUGGGAACGAAACCAAAGGAAAGCGUGUACAUCCACGACCCUGAGAACAGCGGCAAGGACUCCAACGUUGCCCUGGAGAAGCUACGGGAUGUGAUUGCUCAGUGCAUCCUGCCACAGGCUGGUAAAGGAGAAAAUGAAGAUGAGAAACUGAACGAAGUUAUGCAGGAAGCCUGGAAGUAUAACCGGGAAUGUAAAUUACUCAGAGACACUCUGCAGACCUUUAGCUGGAAUGGUAGAGGAUUUACCGACAAAGUGGACCGGCUAAAACUGGCAGAAAUAGUGAAGCAAGUGAUUGAAGAGCAGACCGCCGCUCACGAGUCGCAGUAGUUGGAGCUGCUUGUUCUUAUCAAAACACACAUAUUCUCACCCGUUUUUAUUUUAGUUUUUUUAAAGACCAUUUUGUGAAUUAUCUGUUCAAGCAGCCUUGCCCAGCCGGGCGCCUUCCCAGAUGUUCCGGUUUGGGAUGAUAAGGGCGGAAAGCACCCAGCUGUGCAAGGCCGCUGCAAACUGUAAAAAGUAUUUUUUAUGUAAAUUAAUAAGUCAUAAUUAUUUCAUUAAAUUUCCACGCAGCUUGAGAAACGCUGUAUAGAUGUAGAUAAUGAGAAUCAUUGGUACUGUAAUAUUUUUUUAAGAAACUCGGUUCCUCAAAAAAUUAUAUAUAUACAUAUAUAUAUAUAUAUAUUAUAUAUUACAUGAUUUUUACCUAGCCCUUCAUUCAUGAUUUUAAAUGGGGCAAAUGAUUGUAUUCUCCCGAGUAUCCAGACGAGGCAAUAUCUCUCCAGCUGCCUGGCACCACCAGUGGUGCGCCAGCUCAGUCCUGGGGGGUCUCCCUUGGCCUUCAGCUCCAUCCAUUACUUGAAGAAACCGGCCAGAGAUGUAUGGGCUACUCAGCUGCCUGGCGAUCCAAGACAGCCCUGUAAAAAGCGGUGACUGAUUAAAAAAAAAACACAGCGCUGUGUUUCCCGGUCUGGAGGCCCAUUUUCUUGAGCCGAGAAUUACAUUUUUCCUCUGUUUUGAGACGCGAAGCAUUGGGGGACAGAAACGGGAGCUGGUGGGUUUGUACCAGUUCAGAGGGAACUGUGAUCUCUCGGACAAGAGAUUUGCUUUUGAUCUCUCGGACAAGAGAUUUGCUUUUGAAGCCUGGUGGGGACAGCCCCACCAUACCACUCUGGCACCAUUGCCCCGCGGCCGCUGAAAUGCCGAUCCCAGGUUAUAUGCGGGCUCUGGGGUUUGCUAUUUCUGGGGUAAUGGUGUUUUGUUGUUUUUAAAAUCCUUCCUGAGUCCUAUCAUCCUUGCCCGGCUUCUUUUUUUCUGCUUUCUGGGCUCAUCCUUCAAAUGUUUUCCUUGUGGGCUUUUUGUCUGUGACAGCUGCUGGUUGCAGUCUUGCAAUUUUUAUCCAGAGCCAUUUGAUGGGAAGGAAGGCCCGCGAGCGCCUGGCUUUAGUCUUGGUUUUUUAGAAUAGAAUUUUAUUAAUUUGUAUGUAGUCUUGGUUUUUAGUUCUUUAGUUUUUAACGGGAAGGUUUUGCUGCUAGCAGGGGCAAAAUGUUAGGGCUAAACAUCUGGAAAGCUGGAGUCUCUUUUUGUCUAUAGCGCCAGUUCAGUUGAUAAUCUCAGGACUUUUCGCCCGCUCUGCAAACAUAACGAAGAGAAUGCGCUGAGAAACAGGACGGGGAAACGUCCUUUGGAGAUGCCCACGAGGAUAAAUGAUGCCAUGCCAGAGAAGGAGCCUUUGAAACAGGGGGAAACUGAGUCCUCGGCCAGGAAAAAAAACCCUCAAACCCUGCAGAAAUAGGAUAAUGUUUCCCACGCUCUGCAGAAGC